GUGUGAUGAAGAUGUGCCUUUCUUUCUGCAGAGAGUGAUUUGUAUCCCUUUGGAGAGGAGGUGGGAGAUGCAGGUGUCUCCAUCACUGCAGCUGAUGGCAACUCUCCCUACGUCAGUCCGCCGAUGGGUUUCCCCUUCAUGGGCAAGCUGUAUGACCGCCUCUAUUUUUCAGACAAUGGCCUCAUCCAGCUGCAGUCAGCCACGGAGAACGAGCAGCUUCUGUUCCCUGCCCCCUACCCCCAGGGUUUCCGUGGGAACGAGGGUGUGGCCAUGUUGGCAGUAUUCUGGGAUGACGCUGACCUUACACUGGGAGAGGGAAAGCUCCUGUAUCAGGAGUAUCAUAAGAUGAACCCCUCAGAAAUAUACUCACAGAUAGUGUUCAACCGCACGUCGGAGGAUGUAAGUCAGUUUGAGUCUCAGCGAGGGAAGGCUCCCUACACGCCUGGCUGGAUCCUCAAAAUCACAUGGGACCAUGUGCUUCCAGUUUCCUACCAGAAGAUCAACCUGUCUGAGACCAACACGUUCCAGUGCAUUCUCACUACUGACGGUGAGCGUUCCUUCGGCCUGCUUCGCUUCGGGGACAUGCUGUGGGGUCCCGGCCAGCGGAUCCACCACAACGCCCUGAUUGGCUACACGGACGGAGCCGACCAUUUCCACAACGAGACCACUCUCCCUCCCGACAACCUGUUCGGACGCGGUGGGCGGUACCGGCCCCAGGACAUGCUGGGGAACACGGGUCACUUGGGCCAGCUGGUGUACGACCUGACCAAGCCCAGCGGAACCAGGGAAGACCCGCACAGGAAGUGCCAGAUGUGGGCGCUGAGGGAACCAGACCCAGUGGAGUGGGCGCUGGGUGUGGAGCCGUGCCCGUGUACCCGCACCCAGGCCAUGGAGGCCCUGGCGUUUGGGCCGGAGACUCUGCCCCCCAAGCAGGAGGCGCUGGUCAGGGAGAUGAGGGGGCUGCGCUGGGGAGGUGCUGGGGGUCAAGUGUUUCAGUCCAUCCUGUCCAACCGGCAUGGAGCGGGGAAGAGCUGUGUGUAUGACCCACAGGGCCCCCUACUGGCGGGAUAUAGUGAGCGCUACUUCAACAUGGACAAGUCCCAGCAGCACAUAGAUAAGGACCUGCUGCCCUUCCAGUGGUGCUGUAUGCUCUCUUCCCUGUGCCACCUCUACGUGAGCAAGCGCCCCCUUGACCGUUGUCAAGGUUACGGAUGGAUGGGCUCCACUGAUGACAACACCAGCAACAACAACAACAACAACAACAACACCAGCAUACUGGCCAAUAAGGCGAUGCCUGGCAUAGGCAUGGUCUACGGCAGCCUCCACUUCAUCACGUUCGAUGGGUCUGAAUACACCUUUAAGGCGCUGGGGGUGUUUGUGAUCGUGCGCCUGUCCUCCACCUCCGGCUCCAACAUCUUCACCCUGCAGGGGGCGACGGACGUGCUGCACACCCACGGAAAGGCCAGACGGGUGCCCACACUGGCACGCCUCGCCGCCUUCCACCAGGGCAUAGGGAAGGUGGAAUGGAUGCGCACAGAGACAGAGAGUGGACUUCGGAUCCUGGUUAAUGAUGUCAAUAUUCCAGUAUCUGUUGGUGUGGUGCACGCUGAGGAGCACUUUGCAGUGCGCUGCACAUCCCUGAGGCGCUGUGCGGUGGUGUACGCGGGUGGGCUGCACGUGGUGGUGUGGAGGGGGGACGCGGGGAGGCUGGCCACCCUGGUGGAGGUGCCGCAGGCCUUCUUUAACCGCACCGUGGGCCUGCUGGGCCUCUGGAGCUCCAGCAAGGGCGACGACUUCCUCAUGUCCAACGGGGCGGUGAUGCCCUCGCCUGACGGCAACCCACCAGUGGAGAGCAAGCUGCAUGAGUUUGGCAUGUCUUGGGCUGCCCCAUCCCCUGAAAGCCUGUUCCUCUCCCUCCUUCCCGUGGCCCCGUUGGUGGCGGCUACCUCUGAUGAGCUGUUCUCUGUGAGUCCCGCGGCCAUGGAGGGCCUGCUGCAGGCGUGUCAAGGCAGCCAGGAGUGUGUGCACGACAGCCUGGCCUCCAAAAACAAACACCUGGCCCAGGAGACACUGCAGGCCCAGCAGAAAUACAGAAACCUCUCUUUGACCUUCGCGAACAUGCCACCCAUAGUGACAGAGCCCACGGUGAUUCGCUGUAAGGUCAACCAGACGGUGCAGGUGCAGGUCAGGGCUGAGGACCCUAACCAUGACCCCUUCAGCUUCUCCCUGCUCCACCCGCGACCUCCACAGGCCACCAUCAGCAACGGUGAUGGUGUGCUGGUGUGGACGGCUCUAAGUGUGCGGCCGGUGCGUCUGUCGGUGCUGGUCAGUGAUCACAUGUCCAGCUCACUGCUCGUCCCCGUGCUUCAGGUGUGUGCCUGCCUCAACGGAGGCACCUGCCAGUACAGCACCAUCACACAGAACCACCUACAGGGCAAGUUCCAGGUGGUGGGCUGCCUGUGCCCGCGAGGCUUCAGCGGGGCCCUGUGUGGGAAUAGCACAGACGUGUGUAAGGGAAAACCCUGUUUCCCCGGCGUGGACUGCUCCAGCCCCCGCUACUCCGACUCCUUCUCCUGUGCCGCCUGCCCCCACCCCACUGUCAGCAGCGGACGGCCCGGGUACAAAUGCUUCGAGAACGAUUUCUGUCUCCCUCCCUUCCCCUUCCCCUGUCACCCGAUGGCUGACUGCAUCAGCACGGGUUAUAACUACACCUGUGAGUGUCAACGUGGGUUCAUGGGAAACGGACUAGAGUGCACAGAUAUAAAUGAAUGCCUAAACAUUACCACUUGUCCCAAUGCGAAGUUUGAGUGUGUGAACACACCGGGCUCGUGGCGCUGCUCCUGCCGCUACCAGAGCGGUGACCAGAGAGAUCGCUGUGGUGACUCAGCAAACCCUACAGGGUGGAACGUGUUUAACGUCUCCAUGAGUUGGAGCAGGAGACAGGCUGAGACAGAGGCCCUGACUCAUCUGAAAAACAUCCUCUCCAUGGGCUUCCAGAACAAGUUCUACAACGCCAGUAUGAAACAGCGCCAGUCCGCUCCGCCAAGCGGACCCAGUGAGUACCGCAUCAACAUGUCCAGCGACACGCCUCACUGGUACGUCCAGGACUACCUGAGCCGGGUCAGCGGCUACUACAACAUCACGCUCACGGAUGUAGGAGACUUGGACGAGUGCAAGGCGAACGAGGCGGGGUGUGUGCCCCCGGCGGUCUGCUCCAACACCUACGGAGGCUACAGGUGUGUGUGCAAUGGCACAGACAUGGAGGUAGCUCAGUCUUGUGUGUUAGAGCGGGAGAGCGUGAACCGCACAGGCCCAGCUGAGGCUGUGUCUAUGGAGGACCAGAAGCCCCUGAUCCUGGGCCUGGUCCUGGGCAUCGGCAUCCCCCUGCUGCUGCUGCUGCUGCUGGCCGCCCUGGCCUGCUUCUGCUGCUCCCGGAAGAAGACCGUCAGCGGAGAUAUCCCCCGCCUGCUACCCGACUACCCGCAGAACCAGUUCUCUGUGCCCUUCGACCACUCCAACCCAGCCCUGCACUAUACAAGCCACUGCAGCCCUCGAGUACUGGAUGGAUUCACAGCCCGCAGAGCCCACCGAUAAGACACACACAUUUACACACACACACACACACACACACACACACACA